AUGGCACCCAGUCUUCAUUUUAAGCAGCUGCACAGCGCAGGAACCGACGGCGUCCAGCCCCGCGUGCUCGUGUGCGUCCAUUCCCUCUUCACCUCGAGCAGGUUCCUGGAAGGCCUGGCGCAGAAGUACAUCGACGAUGCCGCGUCUGCCACGGGCAAGCCAUGGACAGCCGUACUGCUGGAUUCCCGCUUCCACGGGCAGUCUCGCGGGCUGACCGGCCUGGGCCCGCCGCACAGCGUGGACAGCAUGACGGCUGACGUGGCCAGGACCCUGGCUGAAGGCGUGCACGCCGGCAGGUGGGGCCCGCCAGAGGUGCUGCUGGGCCACAGCAUCGGCGGGCUGAUCGUGCUGGAGCUGGCGCAGCAGCUGGGGCGCGCCGCGGAGCAGGGCGGGCCACCCGAGCUGCUGGCGCUGGGCGUGUGGGUCCUCGACUCGCGGGUGCUGCCCAUGGCGGCAGACCACCCCAUGCUGGGAGAGGUGCAGGGCCUGCUGUCCGCCAUCCUGUCGGUGCCGCAGCCCAUGCCCUCCCCAGACGACAUGACCCGGGCGGUGGCAGCCUUCCUCGCGAGCCUCGGGGCGCCAGAGGCCCCGCCCUGGCUGCCCGCCCUGUGCGCCCACUUUGUCAAGCCAGACCCGUCGCCUGGCGUUACCGGCGGUACCGGCGGCGGCGGCGGCUAUGUGCGCCAGUUUGACGCCUCUGCCUACCCCGAGCUGAUGGCCUCCUUUGCGUCCAAGGACUACUCUGCGCUGCUGGAUGCGCCGCCACCUGGCUGCUGCCUGCACCUGGUGCGCGCGGCGGCAUGCUCGAUGUGGGCAGCCGAUGGGCAGGAGGAGCUGGCCUUUAUCCGCGAGCGCCAGGCCGCCGGCAGGGCCGUGCAGCUGCACGAGGUGGAGGUCGCCACACACUGGCUGCCGCUGUCGCACGAGGCGGAGCUGCUGGCGGCAAUGUGCGGCGAGCUGGCGGCACUCAAGUGA